UCACGGUCAUCUUGUUCGCGCUCGUCCAUGAGUCAAUACGUCCACGUCCCGAAAUCUGAGCUUGACGAGGCUCAACUGCGUCAACUUGAAGAACACGAAAUCUCCCAGGGCCCCUUGUCUGUGCUGCAACAAGCUGUCCGAAACCAUGCUCAGGUCCUGAUCUCGUUACGAAACGACAAGAAACUGCUGGCAAGGGUUAAGGCAUUCGAUCGACAUAGUAACAUGGUUCUUGAAAAUGUAAAAGAGAUGUGGACGGAGAUUCCGAAGGGAAAGAACAAAAAGCCUGUGAAUAAGGACCGUUUUAUCAGUAAAAUGUUCCUGCGCGGGGACUCGGUGAUUCUAAUUUUGCGCAAUCAAGCUUGA